GUGUUAGUUUAUGUGACAUCACAGAAGGAAUCAUAAUCAUAAUUGCAUUCUUCACAUUAGUCAUCAUCAUGUAUUCUAUCUGAAGGUAUGAUUUUAAUUACCAAAGCUCAAUUAAAGGUUCAAGAUGUCAAAGAAUAUUCAAGAAAUACACAGCGGUUGGUUAACGAAGUCGCCGCCAGCGAAACGCAUAUGGCGCGGGCGCUGGAGACGACGUUGGUUUGUCUUACAUGCAGGUGAAUUGCCAGCUCAGUACAAGCUAUCAUAUUUCACUGAUAGAAACAACCACAAACUAAAAGGCAUUAUAGACUUAGACCAAGUUGAGAUACUCAGCAAAGGCCUCAAGUUUGAAGACAAGAAACUUAAGUUUGACUACAUAUUUGACAUAAAGACUCCCACACGUACUUAUUACUUGGCUGCAGAAACAGAAAAUGAGAUGAUACAAUGGGUAAAUAAUAUCUGCAAGCUGUGCAACAUGAGGGCGACAAGUGAUGAAGAAGAUUGUGGUAUUGACCAACAGGAAAAAUUGGUAGCACAUUCUCUUGAUUCACCACCUGUUUCCCCUGUGAGCACCAGUCCAUAUAUACCAAUCUCGGAAUGUAUCACUGGGAAGACACCGAUUUUACCAAAUCAGUCAAUAGAUGAGUAUAACAUGUCUGCCCAGCAUGUGCAGAGCAUUUACACCAUUGGAAAUCAUUCCUAUGAGAUGUCCUCUCCAACAUAUUUAAAUUGUGCUUCAAUUUCUAUCAAUAAUCAUAAAAGGGAAGUGGAAUAUUGCAAUUCAAUGCCAAUCACUAAUGCAUCACCACUACAAAGUCCAACAGACUCAGAAAGUGUGUUUACUGAUGAUGAUUGGUCACAUAAUAUCAGCCAAUCUGAUACUAGCUUCAGGAGCGUUAGACCUUCUAAUAGUUCAGCUGAGGUUGAUACAAAUAAAAAAUUAAACCAUGUGGGUCCACCAAGGCCACCCAAACCACACCAUAUCAAUACAUCCCAGACUAAUCAAUUGAAAGGAACAAAGUCCGGAAAUCAUAGCAAAUCUAAUUCUACAUGUGAUGAAAACACACCAAAUUUGUUGACUGAUGAGACAUAUGAUUUCCCGCGGUCGCACGUCGAGAACACGGACACUUUAGGAAAGCGUCACUGUUACAACAAUGCGGCGCCCAGUUACAUUGACGGCCAUAUAUUUACUUACGAUAAUCCGUCGCCUAAACCGAGCACCAGUCAAUCACAAAUAUUUAAAUACGGUGAUGAGCUCGGAGAUGAGCCAGCGUCACCGUUAUCGCAAUCUUCUUCAACCGCACAUUAUUCGAACCUACCAAGCCCGCUUUUACCUUUUGACGCACAACUUAUGCCACCACCUAAAGUCAACCGAGGAUUGAAACCAAAGAGGAAACUAUCGGAUUCAUUGUCUGUGGCAUCCAGUACUGAGCCCAACUCUCCGAGACUUGCACCAUCAGUGGAUCGGAAAUUAAAGCCAUCGACUACGCUCACACUGCCUACCGGAAGAACUUUUGAAUCGAGCGAUGAGAACUUUAAUAGGAAGUGUCGCGCUGCUCCCAGUCCAACACCUUUUGGCAGAUCGAUCGAAAAUUUACAAAGUGACGAUAACGAACAGGUAUACCAUUAUUUUGGAUCCUUAAACCUUCAACGAAAGAAAUUGGAAUACCUCGACUUAGAUUUAGACAAUAAAAAUAGCAACAAGUUUAAGCAACGCACAAAAUCGACAAACGAAGACUCCUCGGACCGAUCACCCGGAGCAAUUACAGUGUACAAAAAGGUAGACUUCUUCAAGACGGAAGCAUUUAAUAUAACUCGAAACAAUUUAGAGAAAGAAAGAAAACAGGUGCCUCAAGACAAUGCCUCUAAGAAAUGAUCUAUGCAAUUGUAGUAUUCGCCCACAAAAUAUUGUGCAAUUAUUGACCAGCAUAUCAAAACACGUUUUCUUCGAAUAUUUACUCUAUAUCUUAUUGUUACUCACAAAUGUGCUGAUAGUUUGCAAACUGUAUUACACGUUAAGAUAUUCAUCCGUUAAUGUCUACAACAUUUAUUUGAUUGCAUUUAUUAUCUACCAAAUUACGUAUUACACGGCUGUGGCAAUAAAACGCCGAAUUCUACAGCUUCUUAAUUUCUUACACUUACUCUAAGUUUUCCACAUUUACAAUUUAGACCAAGUUCAAUCAUGAAAGAGUACGAAUUAAUUUACAAAAUCAACGAUUUAUGCUUUAAGAUUUGACUGUUGCAUAUUAUUAUGUAAUGUAUGUUUUAAUGCUUAAAUAACAUAUUUUAAUAUACAUUAUUAGUCGCUUUAUUUUGUACUGACAUGAUGUAUUAUAUUUUUUGCAAUAAACAAGAUGUAUUUUUGUUA